GCCGCUUUCUCAUUGGUCGGCUGGAGGCGCCGUUGAAGUUUGAAAUCCUGAGGCGGUUGUGGCGGAGCGGGUUGUGCUGCGGGUUUGGUUCUUGCCGGCAGAAUGAGUCUGCAGAUCUUAAAUGCAGAAAAUGGAGAAAACGUCAGUGAUGAUCUAACAGCGGAAGACUGUGGCUUUUACUUUGCACAACCGGAACCUACAGGGAGACCUUCUAUUCUGCGCCUGUCCCAGAAAGAAAACUUGCCACCGAAAAGUGUGGCAAGAGCUAUGAAGGUGACCUUUCAAACUCCUCUAAGAGAUCCUCAGUCUCGAAAAAUAUUAAGUCCCACCAUGACAGACAAACUUGAGUCUACUUUCACGCUUGAUGAUUGCAGUGAAGCCUUGCAGGAUGAUCUCUCUAUGCCCAUCAGUGCUGUCAGUGUAAGUCAACAGAAGACUGAAGCUGAAGCAAGUGAUACGGAGAUAAAUAAACAAAUGCCUGAGAAAGUCAGUGCUGCUCCUUACCCAGAUGAGGAGAUGCCAGUGAAGAGUCGAGGUUCCUAUAGUCUUGAUUUUGAUAACUUAAAUGACAUCAAUCCCUUCCAGAGUUCAACACAGCUGCAGAAUUCUCCUGGAAAUCUGCAAAAGUCUCCUGUAAAGGUGUCUACCAGCCCUGAGAAAAGUAGCAAUUCUCUUCCACUGGAUAAUACAGCUUCUCCUUCAACAACAAGUACGGAGUACCCCAGUAAACAGGAUAAUACUUCUUCCUCUGGAAAAAAAUCUGUUCUGUUGGAGUCCAAUAAACCUGAUCUGUUCCCAAAGCAUGCUGUCACUGGCUCUCUGCAGGAGUCUCCUUCCACACAAGUAAGCCAAAUCAAUAAGUCUGGCAAUUUGGAUCUUAUUAGUUCUGAUGUGACCUGUUCUUCCAAAACUGGGGAAUCAAAACUUCAAAAUGUUCCAGUACCAGAAAAAGCUUCAACAGAAGAGUUGAAGCCUUUAGAAGAGCCUGCUAUCUCCAAAGGGGAACCUGCAGAAAAGCCUGGUGUCACCAAGGCUGGACCAGUAAAACUGGAAUUUGACUUUGAUAACACCAGUGUUAGAAAACCACCUCCUAAGAAACUAGGUAAAAGACUUGGAAUUAAACCACCUUCCAAAAAAACUUUUAAUUCCAAACUGAAAACAGAGAAUACUGAAGUGGAAAAUAAAAGUAACGUGGAAGACGAAACUCCUGUUCCUAGGGCAUCCUAUAAGUUUGACUGGGAAAAACUUGAUGAUCCGAACUUUAAUCCUUUUGGAGGAGGUUCUAAAGUUUCCACCUCACCCAAGUGUUCUGAGCCCAGGUCUCAGAAAGUUCCCCAGGAAGAAGAGCAGGAUAGUGCCUCACCAAGAAGGGAGCAUCUCCCAGUGGAGCAGAAUAACAGACCAACUAGCUGUGAAAUUCUUGAGAAAAAAGAACCAAAAAGUCCGGAAAUCCACAAACAAAAUGUGGUGGAAGAUGAGCCACGAAAGCAAGAAGACAAGCCAGAAGUUCAGGGACAAACUAAUCUUCCAGAAGAGCUAUCCAUGGAGAAACAAAUAAGCCCAUCUAAAAUGUCUCCAGCAAAUGUCCCCUCUCAAGAUAAUUUAGUUUCUGCUGACAGUGGAAAAAGGUCAAUGUCUGCGGAAGAAAUUAAACCUACUUCUCACAGAAAUGAAAUAACAGCAGAUCAGCAGACAGCUAGUGCUGAACCUGAAGAGCUCUUCAGACCAUCAUCAGAAGUUCUCGGAAUGGGCAUAGACUAUCUGGAGCAAUUUGGAACUUCAUCUUUCAAAGAGUCUGCUUUGAGGAAGCAAUCAUUGUAUUUGAAGUUUGAUCCUCUGUUGAGAGACAGUCCCAGAAAGCAACCAAUUUUUGGUACUACUGAAGCAAAUACGAAUAUCAUGACUGCUCCACUUCAGUGUGGGCCUCCUUCUGAUUUAAACAAACUGCUUGAAGAAACUGAGAAUCCUGCAUCAAGUCUUCAAAAUGAGGAAAAACCAAAAGGGCUAGAUCUUCUAGGAACAUUUACAACUUCUGAUGCUGGUCUCAUAAUUCCAGACACCCUGGCACCUGAUGGUUCUCCACUCCCUUUUACUGCUUCCACAAACACUGCAGUGGAUGCUAUUAUAGAUGUGCUGAAAUACAGCCAAAAAGAUAUGGAUGCAGCUGUUGAACUAGUUAAAAGAGAGGUUCAAGAGAAAGAGUUGGAGACUCUUGAAUGGAAAAAGAAGUACAACAAGCUUCAUGUGGAAUAUAAGGAAAUGGGGAAAGUAGUUGCAGAAUUUGAAGGUACAAUAACCCAAAUGAUGGAGGAUUCUCAGAAACAGAAGGAGUUUUCAAAGAAAGAAAUACAGAGGAUGGUAGAAGAAAAGCAGCAAGUUAUUUCAGAUCUGAACUCUAUGGAGACGUCUUUCUCAGAACUCUUCAAGCGUUUUGAAAAACAGAAAGAAGUGCUGGAGGGUUACCGCAAAAAUGAAGAGGCUUUGAAAAAAUGUGCUGAAGAAUAUCUGGCUAGAAUUAAGAAAGAGGAACAGAGAUACCAGGCACUAAAGGCACAUGCUGAAGAAAAGCUGCAUCAAGCAAAUGAGGAAAUUGCCCAGGUACGAAACAAAGCUAAAGCAGAAAUUGCAGCCCUACAAGCCAGUCUCCGCAAAGAACAAAUGAGAAUCCAGUCUUUAGAGAGAAGCCUUGAACAAAAGACAAAAGAAAAUGAUGAGCUAACGAAGAUCUGUGAUGACUUGAUUUUGAAGAUGGGAAAAAAUGGAUAGCUCAUUUAUCUCUGUAAAUAUGUCUAGUUUCUCUGAUUUCCUGUCCUGUGUUCACUCAUGAUUUUAAUUAUGUAUGUGGAGGAAAAAAAUAAAAUGCUCGAUUUACACUC